UAAACAAAUAAGUGAGGUUAUUUUAAUAUAACUUAACAUAAAUUUGAAAUUUUUACCAAAAAAAUUAACACAAACUGUAUAAAGGAAUGAUUGUCAACUAUUUUUUAUGAGUGAAUACAGAUUUUUCAAAAUGUGGCGUCGGUAUUUGAUGUGGUUCGCACAUGAAAACGUAGACUUCCGUUAUGCUGAAAUGCAAAGUAUACUUUCCAUGUUAAAUAUACCGAUAAAAUUUGUUGAGAAACCAUGCGUAAAUAAGCCUUAUUGGAUAGUCGAGUUUCCUACAGAAGAUUGUAUCAAAAAAGUCGCUUCCCGUUCCGUUUUACUCAAAAACUGUAUAGAACUAUGGUCCAGAGCUACAACAGCUGAACGUUUACAUAGUAACUUGAAAAAUGCACUUAUAAACUCAAGUGGAAAGUGGAUAAUACCUGAAAAUUCCAUAGAGAAUAUAAGUGAUACACAUAUUUGCCCGAGGGAGCUCUUACUAGCAUGUAGUGAUGAUCGGAAGUCUUUCAAAGUUGAAGUAGAAACAUUUUGUAAACAUUUUACCAUGAAAGAAAAGGUUGACAAAAUUGAGAAUUUUAGCUACUUGCCUUUACAUGGUCCGGUAAAGUUAAAGAAUCCUGAUAUAACAUUAGCCUACCUUGAAUUCUACGGUGUUGAUCCGAAUAAUGUUCCUGAUCAGCCACAUGAUCUAUUUUUUGGUAAAUGGGUGGCUGAUGGUCAACGAGAGCUCAUUCAAACUCAUUCACUAAAGAAACGACAGUUCAUCGGCAAUACAAGUAUGGAUGCUCAAUUAUCACUAAUAAUGGCGAAUCAAGCUCAAGUAAAUACUGGACUAAUUAUAUUAGACCCAUUUGUAGGAUCUGGUUCCCUGUUUAUAGCUGCUGCACAUUUUGGAGCAUAUGUUUGGGGGUCUGACAUUGACUUUAUGAUGCUGCAUGCACGAUCCAGGCCUACACGAGUCGGACAAAAGGUUCGUACAGAAGAAGAAAGUAUUAAGAGUAACAUGAAGCACUAUGGCACCGAAUCGAGGUAUUUAGACGUCGUUGUAAGUGACUUCUCAUUGACUAAUUGGAGGGGAGACUUGAAGUUUGAUGCUAUUAUUACUGAUCCUCCUUACGGCGUUCGAGAGCCAACAGAGAGAAUUGGUAUAGACAGGGAAAACUAUGAACUAUCCGAUGAACACCUUGUCAACCACGUACCGUCUAAGGUGGAUUAUGGUCUGCCACAUUUGUACAGCGACUUGUUGAACUUUGCUGCGAAGCAUCUCGAGAUCGGGAGACGACUGGUGUGCUGGUAUCCUUUAGUAAGAGAAGAAUACAAAGAAAAACAAUUACCAUCGCAUCCAUGUCUGAAGUUAAUUGCUAACUCCGAGCAGGUUCUGUCAAAACUAACCGCUCGCAGACUGCUCACAUAUGAGAAAGUUAGCGACGAAGUUCCCAAUAUGCCCGUAGAUCCUAACGCUGGAACGCAUAGUUUCAGGGAAAAAUACUUCUCAAUGGGGGAAACAACGAGGAGAGAGAGAAAAGAAAAAAAAGCCGAAGAUAUGGCGGCGUACGGGCUGAGGCAAUUUCAAGAUAUUAUCAAUGAUGUUUCAUAAAUUUUAUCAAUAAAAUAGUAAUACGA